AUGUAUCUUCCACGGUCUCUGAUAUCCAAACUAUACACCCACCUCCAGAACACGCGACACCCGCUGUCCCCUCCCGUACUCGUUCUCGUCGCCCUCGAACCCGAUUCCCUAUGCGCAUGUCGGAUCCUGACUCGCCUGUUGAAGCACGACUAUAUCCCCCACAAGAUCCAGCCCGUCUCCGGAUAUGCCGACCUCGAACGCGCCGGCCGGGACUUGGUCCAACCCAUGAUGGAACCGCAAGGAGGGAGUGGAGGCGUUGUUGUGUGCCUCGGUCUCGGCGGCAUGGUUGAUCUUGGAAGCCUGCUGGGACUGGAACCCGAGGGAGAGGAGGUGACCUUUGGCGGCGUCGAGGUCUGGGUCAUGGACUCGCACCGUCCGUGGAACUUGGGCAACGUAUUUGGUGGCUUCCCACUGGAACCGGCCGUCGAGGAAGGUGCCUCGCUCCAGUCCAGGUGUCCGCCAGGCGUGAUGGCUGGUCGGAUUGAUCGCGCCUACAAGCCAGGCAAGGGGGGCAUCGUUGUGUUUGACGAUGGCGACAUUGAGGAUGACCUUGCCGCGGAAAAGGAAGCCUAUCUGGCAUUGCUUGAUAUGCCCGAAAUCGAUGACGACGGCGAGGACCUGGACGACUUGGACGACGAUGACGAUGAUGCCGAGGACGAGGAUCUUUUUGAAGAGCCAGCACACGCUGGCCAGAAGCGGAAAAGCUGGUCGGACCGAGACGAGGAGGACGAGUCCAGUGACACAGACGAUAGGCCGCACCAGCGGAGGAGAAGCAAUUCUUCUUCCUCGAUCCCCUCAUCUCCACGACGGCCAGUUCACAGAGGGCUCGUAUCUCUACGAGACGCAGGCAUGGUUCUCUCGAGCGAUCCCCUGGAACCUCCAUCAGCUGCUCAACCACCGCCCGCGCCAUCUGCCAGGGUCCUGCGGCGACGUCUUUUGCGCCUGCGGAGAGAAAAGGAGACCGUUCUCCGCAAAUACUACAAGAUCGGUGCUUCCUUCUCCGAGCCGAUAUCCUCCAUGAUGUACUCUCUCGCGUCGGAGCUCGGCCGGGACGACAACGACCUCUUGUGGCUCGCCAUCGUUGGUGUCACGUCUAUGGAGCUGUACGGAAGGUCAUCUGCAGGUAUCGCGGUGCCCGUCCGCAACUCGGACCGGGGACAAGGAAACGGGUGGAUGGGUGUCCGCGGCGCACGUAUCCGCCAGCUGCUGAGAGACGAGGUUCGACGCCUGAAUCCGCCCGAAGUCGUCCGCGGCCGUCCGUCUGCUGCUGAGAACUCUGGCAUCAUCCCCACAACGGCCCGCAGCCCUGAAGACACAAGCAUCAGGCUGUCGCCAGAGCCCAAGUUUCUCCUCAUCAGACACUGGAGUCUGUACGACAGCAUGCUGCACUCGCCGUACCUCUUUGCCCGGCUCAAGACGUGGAGCGACACGGGUCUGAAGAGGCUCCACAAGCUCCUGGCCAAGAUGGGCGUCAGUCUGGUUCAGUGCAAGCAGAGCUACACGCACAUGGACAUGAUGUUGAAGAGAGAGCUCCGGACAAAGCUGCUCAAAUAUGCUUCUCUUUACAACUUGGACGACAUGGUCCCUUCAGUCGACACGGACGGGAGAGACCGCGCUGGCGCAAAGGACGGCUGGGGCUUUGUCCGCAGCUGGGGCUGGCGGGCGACUCUGAGCGCACAAGACGUGGGCGUCGUUAUUGGUGCUCUGUUGGAGGUGGGCAAGCACAACGACGUCGCCGAGCUCACGCAAGCACCGAAAGACCAGUUUGAGGAUGUGGACGACGAGGAGGUUGUUGCUGCGCAAGGAGAGGAGUGGGUUGCGCGUUUCUGGGAAGCAUACGACGCUUUGGAAGACAUCGAUGCUCUCAAAGCAGGACUGCCAACUGCCCAGUUUCUCCACCGCGCAAUCUACCGCACCGGCACAUCACUCAUCAACAAGAAACAAAUCAAGCACCUCAGAGCGUUCCGCAUGUGCGUGGUCAAGGAAGGCCCCGACGUGCCCGUCUUUGGCCACCCGGCCGCGCUCACCAAGCUCGCUCUCUGGGUUGGCGAGGCCCUCAUCGAGCAGGAAAAGGAUACCACGGGUCGUCUCUCCCACGGUGGACGCGGCACGCCCCUCGUCGUCGCCAGCCUCAACGACAAGCGCGGCGUUUACCUCGUUGUCGGCACCGGCGGCGGCGGCGGCCCGGAUACCACUUUCCUCGAUCGCGAGGCUGCCAAGAAGCGGCAGGCGGCCAAGGGCGAGAAGGCCAACCAGCGGGAAGAGUCACGGCGUAACAAGCAAAAGAUCCGCGAGGAGAAGCGCGCGGCGCGUCGGGCGGCGGGAGAUGACGAUGCAGACUUUGACGAGCUCGAUACCGAGUCGGAGGCGUCUGACGGCUCGGACUCGGAGGACGAGGAAGAGGAGGAGGACGCCAAGGAGAAGGGCUACGGCCUCAACCGCUUCGGAUCGGCGUUCCAGGAGGUGGUGGCGGAGACCAAUGCCCGGGUACGGAUAGACAGCUUCGAGCACUGCGUAGUGGAGGUCAAGAAGGAGGAUCUGGGAGGGUUCCUGGAGAGUCUGAGCAUGAAGGCCGUUGUCGGGUAA